CUUUUCACUAGAUGUAGGCUGUGUGGAUGUGUAGCCUAUGUUGGAAAGUAUUUAUAAGAUAACCUUUAUUUUUUAAAAGUAAUUUAAUUUGGACAAACAUCAAGGAACAAACGGAGUGUCGCUAUGGUUGUUGCUACAAGCACACUGAAGAGUAAAAACGCUGAAUGCAUAUCAGAAUUGAUUGACCGUAGAUACGACCAGGCUUGUAUCGACAAUGAGCUGGAUUUCUGGGACCACUGUCUGGCUGAAUCCCACCUGAAUGUGGAGGUGUCUGAGGACCGGACAUGUCAGCAGCUAGCCAAGAUGUUUGAGAACUGCCUGUCGCGGGCCAAAAAGACCACGCUGCACUGCUCAAAGGUGCUAGUCCCGGAGAAGCUGACUCGGAGGAUAGCGCGCGAUAUCCUGCGCCUGUCGUCGGGCGAGCCAUGUGGCAUGCGUGGCUGUGUGCUCUACAUUCACCUGGAACAGGAGAAGUGCUGCAAGCAGCUGGAGCGCAUCGUGUACAACGCAGACGUGGUGCCCACCUUCGAGCUGACGCUGGUGUUCAAGCAGGAUGGCAGCGCCUGGCCCAGCCUCAGAGACUUCUUGCACAUUGGCGCCUGUUUCACUCCAGGCUUCAGGCAUGUGCUCAAACUCAGUCCGGGCUUCCGGCUCAUCAAGAAGAAGCUCUACUCCUCCUCGGCUGGUACCGUGGUAGAGUACUGAGGGGAUGGCGGAAGGUGGGACUUCUGGGAUUGGGGGGGGUACAAUGCACUUCUACACUUAAGCAUCUGAAUGUAAAAAUCACUCCUGGAGGGUCUUAUUUUCUAAAUGGUUUUUGUAUGAAUACAGUUUGUCAUGUGAUAGAGGAGUGGAAUACGAAGGUUAUCGGAGGUGUCCAAAGGCCGGUCAGCCAGCCUGUCUGUUCCAAUGUCCAGGAUGGUACAGCUGAUUAUUAAAAAUGGAUGGGCGAGGCUUGGUUACUGUAAUGGAUUAUGGUCUAAUGCCUGAACAAGAUUAGCAUUACUCAUUGACUUCAAAAUAUUUGAACAAAGUUUUCCAAUCAGCUAAAGUUAAAUGUAAUAUUUUGGAUAUAUUUAUAUUGUCACAUACACCGGAUGGGUGCAGUGAAAUGUGUCGUUUUACAGGGUCCGCCAUAGUAGUACAGCACCCCU